UGAUUAGCUCACUUGGCUCGCUCACUCAGUCUUAGAUCUGACUCUCUGAGCUCGAAGAAGAUCUUCCUCUAAUCUCUAUAAAGCUCACUUUUUCUGCACAUUACUCGAUUUGGUCCGUCUGAUUUCUUUUAAAGUAAUGGCGUCAAAGCAAAGAUCGAAAUUGAAGAAAUUGACUUCGAGCGGCUCUAAAGCUGCUAAUACUCCUUCAUCUUCAACUACGUCAUCUUCGAAGCAGUAUGUGGACACAUCUAUUGAUGGCCAGAGUUCUCCAGCAUCUUCAUCAGCUCGAAGUAAGCCUCAGUACUUUUACACAGAGAGUUUACCUUUGGAUACAGAGAGAUCCAAAGAAAAUGUCACAGUGACGGUUCGGUUUCGUCCUCUAAGUCCAAGGGAAAUCCGUCAAGGAGAGGAGAUUGCAUGGUAUGCAGAUGGUGAAACUGUUGUGCGGAAUGAGCAUAACCCAUCAAUAGCUUAUGCAUAUGAUCGAGUAUUUGGCCCUACUACUACAACUCGUCAUGUCUAUGAUGUUGCUGCUCAGCAUGUUGUUAGUGGCUCUAUGGAAGGAAUCAAUGGUACCAUUUUUGCAUAUGGGGUGACAAGCAGUGGGAAGACCCACACUAUGCAUGGUGAUCAGAGGUCCCCUGGAAUUAUACCACUGGCAGUGAAGGAUGCUUUUAGCAUCAUCCAAGAGACUCCAAAUCGAGAGUUUCUUCUUCGCGUGUCAUACUUGGAGAUCUACAAUGAGGUUAUUAAUGACUUGUUGAACCCAGCAGGACAGAAUUUAAGAAUUAGAGAGGACGCUCAGGGCGUCUUUGUUGAAGGAAUAAAGGAAGAAGUUGUAUUAUCCCCUGCUCAUGCCCUUUCCCUUAUUGCUGCUGGAGAAGAGCACAGACAUGUGGGAUCCACAAAUUUUAACUUACUCAGCAGCAGGAGCCAUACAAUAUUUACGCUGACAAUUGAGAGCAGUCCAUGUGGUGAAAAUAGUGAAGGGGAAGCUGUAAGCCUGUCACAACUGAACCUCAUCGAUCUGGCAGGUUCUGAGAGCUCAAAAGCAGAAACUACUGGUGUGAGACGGAAAGAAGGAUCCUAUAUUAAUAAGAGUCUCCUAACACUUGGAACUGUUAUAUCUAAGUUAACAGAUGCGAGAGCUACUCAUAUACCAUACAGAGACUCUAAAUUGACCAGACUUCUUCAGUCCUCACUAAGUGGUCAUGGACGCGUAUCACUUAUUUGCACUGUCACUCCUUCAUCAAGCAGUUCAGAAGAGACACAUAAUACGCUGAAAUUUGCACACCGUGCCAAACACAUUGAAAUCCAAGCAGCACAAAACAAGAUUAUUGAUGAGAAAUCACUUAUCAAAAAAUAUCAAAAUGAGAUUCGUUCUUUAAAGGAAGAGUUAGAUCAGUUGAAGAAGGGUAUUGUUACAGUUCCUCAACUGAAAGAUACUGGAGAAGAUGACUUUGUGCUCUUAAAACAAAAGCUAGAAGAUGGUCAAGUCAAGCUGCAAUCACGAUUGGAACAAGAAGAAGAUGCUAAAGCUGCUUUAUUAGGCAGAAUUCAACGGUUGACAAAAUUAAUUUUGGUCUCCUCAAAACCUUCACAAUCAUCAAGAUUUCCUCACCGACCUAGUCUUAGAAGAAGACAUUCCUUUGGGGAAGAGGAGCUAGCAUACCUACCACACAAAAGGCGGGACUUGAUUUUAGAUGAUGAAAACAUUGAUUUGUAUGUUUCUCUCGAGGGGAAUGCUGAAACCACUGAUGAUACCCUUAAGGAGGAGAAAAAGACCCGGAAGCAUGGGCUGCUAAACUGGUUAAAGCUACGGAAACGAGAUAGUGGCUUGGGGACUUUGACAAGCCCCAGUGACAAAUCAAGUGGAAUAAAAUCUAUGAGUACACCUUCAACACCUCAAGCAGAAAGUAGUAAUCUCCAGACAGAAGCCAGACUUUCCCAUUCUCUACUUGCAGAAAGCUCUCCAUCUGCGGAUCUUUUAUCUGAUGUGAGGGAGGAUAGAGAACUUCAUGGGGAUAAUUUCUUGGGACAAGAAACACCUCUGACUAGCGUAAAAUCAAUUGAUCACAUUGAACUUCUAAGGGAGCAGCAAAAGAUUUUGUCUGGAGAGGUGGCACUCCAUUCAAGUGCUCUGAAGCGGUUGUCCGAGGAGGCCGCAAGAAACCCCCAGAAGGAUCAGAUUCAUGUGGAGAUGAAAAGGUUGAAAGAUGAAAUCAAGGAGAAGAAUGAACAAAUAGCUUUUCUGGAUAAGCAAAUUGCUGAUUCCAUUAAUGCCUCACACAACCAGAUGGAUCAAUUGGAAUUAUCACAAUCUGUUUCUGUAUUGAUGGAGCAAUUGAAUGAGAAGUCGUUUGAACUUGAGGUUAAAGCUGCAGAUAAUCGUAUAAUCCAAGAGCAGCUCAACCAAAAGAUCGGUGACUGUGAAGGAUUGCACGACACAAUUGCCUCCUUGAAGCAACAGCUCUCCGAUGCACUAGAGUUAAGAAAUUCUAAUCCUGCAAUCAGUUAUUCACAACAAUUUACUGAAACAAAGAGCUCCCAUGGAGAACUUGGCUCAGACAAAGGGAUUGCAACAUCGAAUGAUACAAGCGAAGGGUUGCUUUUACAAGCACAGAUUGAACAACUGAAACAUAGAGUGGAAGAACUGACAGAAUCAAAAGAACAGCUAGAGCUUCGGAACCAGAAACUGGCAGAGGAGAGUUCAUAUGCCAAAGGGUUAGCCUCAGCAGCUGCUGUUGAGCUCAAGGCAUUGUCAGAAGAAGUUGCCAAGCUGAUGAACCAUAAUGAGAGACUAGCUGCUGAACUGGCCGCAUCUAAGAACUCGCCGGCUCAGCGUAGAACUAGUCCUGCACUCAGAAAUGGCCGGAGAGAUAGUUACAAUAAGCGCAACGAUCAAGGUGGGCAAGUCUCGGAUAUCAAGAGAGAACUGGCCAUGAGCAGGGAGAGAGAGGUUUCAUAUGAAGCUGUUCUUUUAGAGAAGGAUCAAAGAGAGGGUGAGCUUCAAAGGAAGGUGGAGGAAUCCAAGCAAAGAGAAGCUUAUCUGGAAAACGAACUUGCCAACAUGUGGGUUCUUGUCGCGAAAUUAAAAAAAUCCCAUGGUGCUGAAAUUGAUCUUUCUGAGUCAACAAGAGAGACUCAGCGAGUUGAUGGUUUUGGUAUUUGACAUGAUCAACCAAUGAUAAUACUAAUGGUAACGGUUUUGGGAUUUAAAAUGAUCCCAUAAUGGACUUGGGCGUCGGAUUGGUUUUGAGAGAGGUUUGUAGAGAUUGGUGUGCAUGGUAGGAAAGUCCUGUUUGUGUAUAUAUAACAAAUGAAAGCUUUUUUCUUGGCGAUUUCCCCACUUAUAUUGUAUCUAAAUUCUAACACGAUUUUUCUUUUGGUAAAUUAUACUUUAUCCA